AUGCCUCCUCCGCCACCUCCUGGGCCUCCGCCACCUCCCGGGCCUCCGCCCCCGCCUUUGUUCGGCGGUUCUAAGAGUAAUGCACCAGAUAACAGAGGUGCUUUACUAAAUUCUAUUAGGCAAGGUACAAAACUAAAAAAAACUGUGACAGUGGACAAAAGUGGACCUUUUAUAGCGGGGAAAACAACAAGUGUGAGUAGUAGUUCCCCUGUGGGUAACGGUGUGAAGACCGGGGGCUCCAAUUUCAAUGGAGGAGGCCCUCCAGGUUUGGGUGGACUCUUUGCAGGUGGAAUGCCUAAGCUAAAACCCACUGGAAAAUUAUCAGGCACAACACCGAAUGGUCAAAUCAGAUCAGAUCCCCCAAGGUUUCCUCCGCCCCAACCAAGGUCUCCAGAGAAGACGAAACCGGAGCACACGAGACAGUUUCCCGGACCCAAUGUUGCUGCAAUAUCUGAAGCUCUCGCUUCAAGGGAUGUCCCUCCAGCGAGAGAGGCUCCGACAAGAGAGGCACCUAGCAGGCCUAUGGUCAGACGUCAACCGAGUGAAAUUAAAACAAGAGGUCCUCCCCCUGAACCACCCACGCAGAAACAAGUUAUGCCUUUGAGUUCAUCGGAUUCCAUUCUGACUACGGGUUCCGUAGCUGAACGUAGUCGCAGUCUCCAACAGGCGUCAGAACAGAGCCUGCCACAGACAGUCGUGUCGACCUUACACAGGAAUAGGAGUUCUCUACAUUCUGGCUCACAGAUGUCUUUGGGAGGUUCCAUGACGUCACUAUCAUCAUCGCCGCAAACCCCGUCUCCUUCAUCGUCAUUGUCAACAUCCGAUCUCUCGGACCGUCCCCGCGUGAGUCACGGGAAGCCCAACCUGGCGCCGAAGCCCCCGGCGUUGGCCCCCGCCCCGGAUAGGCCUUCGCCACCGCCCAAGAAGUUGAUAGUGAAUGGCAAGCUGGCGGCACGAGCACAGAGUAUGAGGGCUCCGAGGUCCCCCCCGGUGUCGCCCCCGUCCCCCGCGAGCGCCCGCCCCCCGCCGCCCUCCACACAACUGGUACACACCAAGAACCCAGCAUCACACUUCGGUACCCUGCGCGCGCCCCGCGGUCUUCGCCCCCCUGGCGUGUGUCCCCCUCCCCCGCCGGGUGCUCCGCCCCCGCCCCCCGUGCCUCCAGCGAGGGCUGCCUCACUGGCUCAGAACCCACCGCCGCCGCCGCCGCCACAUCAUCACCGGGUAUAUCAUACUAGCAGUACAAGUAGUGAGGACGCUCCUCUACCGCCUGUUCGAGGCUCGUCCAUUCGCGCCGAGCUCGAGGCGAGGUUCGCUGAACUGUUCCACCCACAGACGAGCUUCCCACAACCAGAACCCUUCCUCAGAGUAACCAAGGGAUACAGCAGCGCCACAGUCGGUAAGUACGCGUGA